AUGUCGGUGCUGCUGUGCUUCUCAGCAGCAGCUGUUGCUUUCUAUGUGAUAGUUUACUAUGGAGUUUUCAGAGGAGCGAGAUGCUCAAAUUCUAUGAGGCUGGCGGGAAAGACCGCCAUUGUCACAGGAAGUAACACAGGUAUCGGUAGGACCACGGCUCUGGAUCUGGCUAAGAGAGGAGCCAGAGUGAUUCUAGCCUGCCGCAACAAGGAGAAAGCUGAAGCUGCUGCUUUUGACAUCCGCAGAGAGAGCGGAAACACUCAGGUGCUCUUCAUGCAGUUGGAUCUGGCAAGUUUCAAGUCUGUUCGAAACUUUGCCGAAACCUUCCUGAAGACUGAACCCAGACUGGACCUCCUCAUCAACAACGCAGGUGUGAUGGGUCCUGGACGUACUGAGGAUGGUUUCGGCGUGGCGUUCGGGGUGAACCACCUGGGUCACUUCCUGCUCACCAACCUGCUCCUGGAGCGACUGCAGCAGAGCGGCUCGGGUCGCGUGGUCACCGUGGCAGCGCUGCUGCAUCACCUCGGUAACAUCGACUUCCCUCUGCUGGCUUCCCACAAGGAUUUAGUGUCGGGCCGGUCGAGCUGGAGCAGCUUGAAGGCCUACUGCAACAGCAAGCUGUGUAACGUGCUCUUCACCAGAGAGCUGGCCAACAGGCUGGAGGGAACCAGUGUCACCUGCUACAGCCUCCACCCAGGAGUGGUCUACACAGAGCUGUGUCGCAGUAUGAGCCUGUGGCAGCAGCUCCUCAUGAUGCCCUUCGCCAAGCUCUUCUUCCUGGACCCUGACGGCGGGUGUCAGACCACCCUGCACUGCGCCCUGCAGGAAGGCAUCGAGCCUCUCAGCGGACGCUACUUCUCUAACUGCGCGCUGCAGCGGGUGGCGGCCCAGGGACGAGACGACGCCGUGGCCAAGAAGCUGUGGGAAGUGAGCGAGAGGUUAACCGUUUUAUCAUGAGACACUCAAUACAAAGAGCUCCAAGGACUGUGUGACCGC